CUAGAAUGCCGUGUUUGUGAAGAUGGUUUUAGUCUUGGAGGAGAUAAAGUUCCACGUCUCUUAUUUUGCGGACAUACCCUCUGUCAUGCCUGUCUUCUACGCCUUCCAACUCUUGAUAAUAAUAUUCAUUGCCCUUUUGACAGGCAACCAACUCCUGUUGGUGCGUCAGGAGUCUGGGGAUUAAAGAAAAAUUUUGCACUUCUUGAGCUUUUAGAAAAACUAUCUUCGUCUCGUUCAGAUGCUGUCCUCUUACCAGAGGUCUUAAUCAAGCAGAGAGAACUUGGAAUUUCCUGUGAUGAGGAUGAAGAUCACCUUGCUGUACUAUACUGUACAGUUUGUGCAUCUCAUCUGUGUUUAGACUGUUCAGAGCGCACUCAUGCAACUAGAACUCUUCAUAAACACAAACGCAUUCCUUUAUCAGAAAAACCUCGUGAGAAACCCAGAUGUGUGGAUCACUCUUUUCAUCCAGUUGAAUUUGUAUGCCUUGAAGAGGAAUGUCAAGCAGCUCCCCUGAUGUGCUUCAUAUGUAAAGAUUAUAAACAUACAAAGCAUAAGCAUGUACUUUUGGAGCAAGAAGCAGAAAGGAUUCGUUCUACUAUUAGUACAACUACACAGCAUAUCAAGAGGGUGGCCCAAGAGCUUACAGAUUCUGCACAUAAACUUGAAAGUGUGGCGCGACAACUGGAAGGAUCUACCACAGACAAUGUGGGCACAGAACCUGGGACUGGAGGUACAGCAGAAGAAGCAAGAGCUCGUGUGAAACAAUAUUUUACUCAACUUAGAGACCAGUUAACACGACAAGAAACGCAAGCCAUGACUGUUUUGGAUGCUCAUAUUAGGGAGAGGUUGUGCUCUAUAAGACAGCAACAGGAAGAUAUGGCUACCCUUUUGUCUCAGAUGGUAGCUGUUGUUGUUGAUGGGGAACGUGCUAUUCAGCAAGAUGAUGGCCGUUUGAUUCUGGCCUCCCGAGAUUUGUCUUCACGGCUUUCUCAUGUAACUUCACAGGAGCAGCAGUUAGCACAGCUUGUUUCUCUUGCCCCUGAUCCAGCAAUACCUAUCACUUUUACAAAGGAUAAUCGCAUUCAUAUUGGAGCAAGAAUUGAGAUGAGAGUGGUAACUUUAGGAUUAGAUGGUGCUGGUAAAACUUCAAUCCUCUUCAAACUGAAGCAAGAUGAAUUUGUUUCAACCAUCCCAACCAUUGGAUUCAAUGUGGAAACCAUUGAAUACAAGAAUUUCAAAUUCACAGUGUGGGAUGUUGGUGGGCAACCCAAAUUACGACCAUUGUGGAGGCACUACUACUUCAACACCCAAGCAGUAAUCUUUGUUGUGGAUGCAACAGAUACCGACCGACUGCCCGAGGCCCAAUCAGAGCUUACAAAACUUAUGACAGAGAGGGAACUUAAAGAUGCAUCCCUGCUUAUCUUUGCUAACAAAGAGAACUGUGACGGUGCACAAGGAGUGGCGUCAUUGACAGAGAGUCUUGGUGUACAUAAACUAUGCUUAGGGAGGUCUUGGCACAUUCAGCCUUGUGAUGCUCAGUCUGGGACUGGUCUUCACCAAGGCUUGGACUGGUUAGCACGGCAAUUAGUCCCUUCAGAAGUUUUGAACUCUACUGCAGCGUAGAAUGUUUUUUAUCAGCAGGGUCGUGACGGAGAUCUGCAAAAAGUCUUAAAAUGAAGGUAAAGGUCUGUUGUCAUGAAUACCAGCAUUAGUUUAAGUUACUGUCUUUUUGUUGCAGAAAGUAAUAGUUUACUCAAGAGGAAAAAAUUUGGUCCAAUGACAGUUGCAGAAUUUGCUCAGAUACUUAAAAUUUAUUUAAUAUUUUCAGUGUAAUUUCCUUGGUAUUUUUUUUUGUGAUUAUCGUGAUAGCAGGCCAUGACAAUAGGAUAUCAAUGAUCCUUGAACUGAGUAGCCUGUAAGUAUUUGGCACGGAGGUAUUAUUUACACAUUGUAGCUCUUUGUAGAGUACUUAGCCAUAUUUUAUGACAUUUUUGGUUUGUUAUAGCAAAUCAUGUAAAACAUUUUAAAUUGGUACUGUGUAAGUUGUUUCUAGCAGAUUUUAUUGUGAUUUUACUAGAGGAAGUUUUGCACAUCUGACUAUUGUAUAUGAUGGAAUGCACCAUAAGUAGCUUUUAGAUUUUUAGUAGUAUUAUUUUCUCCAUGGCCUUUUAUGUUGUGUAAUGAUAUAUGAUUAAAGCAAGCUUAAUAAAUUUUCAGUGUACGUACUUGAAGGUUUUAAAAGAUAACAAAGUUACCAGUUUAAAGAGCAGUCCAGUGAUGCAAAAUUGCUAAACACAUUAUUGAAGCAGUGUAAUAAAAUUCAUAAGUUUUAUGUGUUAUAGUAGUUUCAUUAAUUGAUGUGGCAAAGUUGCCCUAUUACUUAUUUGUUGAUCAUGCUUUCUAUUUUCUUGUAUUAGUGUGUUUAAAAUUUUGCUUGGAUUUCCAUAUUCCAAAGUAACUUGAUUUUUAUUUUCUGAGUUGAUGUAUUUCUAUUUCAAGGCUAGUCAUGCAAUAAUGAUCAUUAAUAGGAUAACAGAAAUCAAGAAAGCAUCAACAUACAUUUUCUCUUAUGACUUAAGAGCUGUAGUUCUUAUCCUAACUUGUAUCUUUUCCAACUAUUAUAGAUACAGAUUUUUUUACUUUGCCUUCCCUCUUUUGGACCUUGUGGUAGCUUGUGGCUCCACAUUAGUUAUUGCAUCUUUUCUUGAUUUUUAAUUUGACAGUAGCAAAUUAAUUUUCUUUAAACUGUCAUUUCUUAAGCUGCCGUCAACAUUAAAACUUUUUUAAAGUUUAGUUUCUAGUCUGAUUGUUCACUUGUCUGGUUAAACUACUUAUAUGUAUAUAAUUAAGGUGUAAGGAUGGCUACCCGAUAACUUUAAUUAGACAUACAAUAGUUUUUUUAUGCUCCUAGUCAUUUGCCUUUAUCGUAACGAUUAUUAAUUUUUAAUCUUCCACAGUAAAGUUUACAUUUUCUUUGACACAACUCUAAUUUUUUGUUUUCUCAUUUUCUCUUCAGUUCUUCCAUAGAAGAUUUCACGAAUUUAUUACAGUGAAAUCAUCCUUGAAGCUUUGGUACUUCAAGUUAUUUCUAUUCAUUGAGUAGGUAAGACAUGGACUAAUGUCCAUGAAAGAAAAUAAGGCUUUUCUGUUUGAGAUUAACCCAUGUAUAUUGUUGAAAAGUUUUCCUAUCUUUAUAUAAUCACAUUUUUUUUCCUGUUGAUUCUUUGUAAGGCUGGUGGCUCACCACUUCAACCUCCUGUUGUUUCUUUACUUGUUCUGUGAUUGAAAUACUUCCAUUGUUUCUUGUGAAUGAAAUCUGAUCUAUGUACUUGAAUACUUUAUGAAUCUCGGUUAUCAUUUUGCUUUUUUCAUUGGACCAAUUCUUGGUUAUCCUCUCACUUUAUGGACUUGCUGGCCUUAUGAAACUUCUGUUUCUAAUGACUAAUCAGUCUGGUUAAACUGCUAUGUCACAUAAGUAUUUAUCUCUUUAAGAAAUUGGUUUGCCAGUACCCUUGAUAAUAUUCUGAUGUUUUCAACAGGUUGUGACAAUACAAUGUUAGCUAAUUUGUCAUAUAGGACUUCAAGUCUUCUUUCUUAUCUUUUAUUUCUUAUUGCAACAACUAAUAUUCAACUCUUAUUCAUAAGAAAAAAAUCUUCAUGCAGGUACUCUUGAGUCUAGAAAUGUAACUUAGUGGUCUUGUUUUAAACUACUGGCAUGCAUGUGAUGUGAAUUAACAUUCAUUUUUAAAUACUGUAAUUUACCGACAGUCAUUUGUACAAAUAAGAUCUUGGUCAGUACAUAAUUUAUGCAUAUGGCACAUAAAUGCUAUGCAUCAUUCGUCAAGAUAAAUCUCUUCUUAAGUUUUCAAGUAAGGGAAUAGGGGAAUGCUUAUUUUGAAACUGAAAAAGUGAGAAAAUGGUGGAUAAUUAAUUUUGUGUCAAAGUAAUCAUUGUCCAUGUAGGAUAUGGUUUCAUAUAAUGAGUUUAUCUUGUAAAAUAUGAAUAACCUAUUUUUUUAAAAAUGGGUGAAGGGAAUCAUUUCAGUUUAUGUAAUACUAAAUUUUUUAAAUAACAGAACAUAAAACAAUAUUUAUUACAACAGUGAGAUAUUAUUGAAGUAGAAUUUUCAGCUGAAUAAGAACUUUAAGAUGGUUUUUUGUAAAAAUAGAAAGAGAACUUAUCAAGGUAUUUUUUGUGAAUAUAUGUGGACAGCUCUACCUUUUACCUGGUUUUCAGUUUCUUUCAUUCACUUUUCAAGGUACAUUUAAGGGGUUUAUGUCAUUUCUUGUAAGACAACAUCCCCAUAUGAUAUAGAAUGUAAUUUUGCAGCAUGUUCCAUUUUUAUGAAAAAAGCCCUCUCAUAGCCAAGCAUAAUGUGAUUGUUGGCUAAUCUUAAACAGAACCAACUUUAGGAGAAAUUGUAUUUUUUUAUUUUCUAUAUUUUCUUACUAUUACAAUGAAACAGGAGUGUGUGUAAAGGUUGACAUCGAUUUAUCAGGCACUACAAACCUCUCUUUCUUGAAAUUGGCUAGAUUACGUAUGCUUUAGUUAAAAAUCCUGAUGUUCAGAAAGCCUAACCAUUGUUCUAUUUUAUGAAUGCAGAGAAUUUUCUAUAUGUGGGCUCAGAUUCCCAGCCUGUUGCAUAUCUAACUUUGUAAAAGAUUUUACAGUCGUAGCAUACUUAAUAGUGUGUUUGUAAAGGAGUCUAUCUAUAAGUUCAAAUUUUUUUAUGGAAUGUGAUUGACAUUAUAUAACUUUAGUGAUUGACAGUGUUAUAUUUAUAGUAGUGAAUAAUGUAUAUGAUCUUAACAGACAAAAAGCAUGGUAAAUAUAACUAUACAGCAGA